CGACUGCACGAAUCCGAAGUUUUCAAGACACUUUUUUUUAUUUACUAAGCUGCAAAAUCAAGUUCAUCAUGGAUUGUGGAUAUGAUCACGAGCCUGAACCAGACCCAAUGUUUGAAGGUGACACAGCCCUUGGAUCCAUUGACGAGGUGUCAGGAUUCCUAAACCAACUUGUAGAUCAGUCCAUCACAGAUCUUAUCAAACAGGAUAUCACUCGCGGUGAGUUUCAGGAUGAAGAGUUGCCAUUACCAGGUCUUAAAGAAAAGAAAAUGAAACAAAAAGAAGAAGAAUUUGCUACAUCAAAGUCACUGCCAUGCCUGAAUUUGAAGCAAAUGGAUGGCAUUCCCAAAAGUACAAGCACACCCAUGCAGAAGACCAGUUCUCUACCUAGUGUGAGACAGAUUAAGCCAUCUCCAGUAAGGGUGGACAACUGGGAUAUGCGGAGAAAUACAUUGAUAAGGCAGUAUCAGAAGGCUAUGAUUGACUCCCAUGUUUACCACAUGCCGUCGGUGAUCCAAGGAAAACCAGAAACAGGAUCUAGACCAGUAACUCUAUCUGAUUUAGCUGUUCCGCAGAGUCCAGCAAAGAUUCCUCAAGUGAUCAGCAGUGGUACCAAUGUAAUUGCUCAGGACAACAAUAUGGAUGAUAAUAUAGAGGAGAUGAUUGGGGAAUUUGUCAGUGAAUCACUAUUAUCUAUUACCAAUGAAAAGGCUGACCAGGGGAAUGAGAUGCAAGAAAACAGCUUGGAUGAUCAAGUUGAUGAUUUCAUUGCCACUUCCCUGAGCUCGAUUGUGAGUAACACAGAAUCUCUACAGGCAGAGAGAGAGAUGGAGAAAGAAAUCCACGAAGAUGAGGAAGGUCAUUCUGUGAAGCUUACAGCAACCUCUGUUGUCAGCAAGGCUGAGAGAGAGAUGGAGAAAGAAAUCCAUGAAGAUGAGGAAGGUCAUUCUCUGAAGCUUACAGCAACCUUUGUUGUCAGCAAAGCUGAGAGAGAGAUGGAGAAAGAAAUCCAUGAAGAUGAGGAAGGUCAUUCUCUGAAGCUAAAUACAGCAACCUCUGUUGUCAGCGAGGCUGAGAGAGAGAUGGAGGAAAAACUCAAUGAUACAGAAAGUCAUUCUGUUAAACGUGCACCAACUUCCCUUGAGAGUGUGGCAGAGAAAGGUGUUGCUGGCCUCAGCUCGACUACUUUAGACAUGACCAAGCCAUCUUUGGACAUUGGCAGUGAGAGAAAGCCAUCCUCCAGCAGCAUUUUUGGUUUAUUAUUCAAAAGGAGAAAAUCCAAUGGCUCACGCAAGUUGAAGUUUCCAUGUUUUGGAUUUGUGUUUUGCACAGUACCACAAGAUGUUGACGAAGAUGCUGGUGAUUCUGGUUGCAGCUCAAAAAUCAAUCCUGUCAAAAAACCUGGAUUUCUGAAAAGAUUGUUCCCUUGUCUUAGGAGAAGAGGAGCUAGGGUAGCUCCCCUAUAACCGAGUUUUAAGUUUUAGGAUUUUAACGAGAGAGUUCUUUGUUGUACUUAGUUCUGGGAAGCAUAUGUGUGGUUGCCUCUUCUCUUUUUUCUUUUCCAGACACAAGUUGUUUAUGGUUUUUGGUGAGGUUCUCAUUGGAGGUGGCAAAUAGAUGAUUUGGAUUAUUGAUUUUGAAGUAUAAAUUCUAUGUUUGAGUCAAGUGCAAAACAAUUCAUUUUCAUUUUAGCAUAUACUAAAUGUGGAUUGUUUUGGUAGAAGGAAAAUGUUACAUUCUUGUGUUUUGAUUAUUUUUUUUCUAAUGAUACUUUUCAUGCUUGAUCAAGUCUGGCACAAUAAUACUUUAUUGCUUGAGUGUGGUAGAUAUUUAUUAUUUUGCUGGAAGAGAAAUGCAACAUUUUUUUGAUUUUUAUGAGAAUUGUAUUUAAAUCUAGAGCAGUAUUAUGAAUCAUAUAGCUUAGAGUACAAUAUUUCAAGGAUCUUUGAUAAUUUCUGAGGAUAAUAUAUCAUAUAUGUUUUAUUAUGGGAAUGGUGGAUUUGACUGAUAUGAUUGAAGAUUGAUACAACAAUUUAUGAUCUUUGAUGUAGUACAAUAAUUCUUUGUCAUUGCAGCGUGGUAGGUAUAGUAUAGAAUACAUUGCUUUUGGUAGGCGAAACAUUCUGCCUGAUUUUUUUAUGGUCAAUAUCUUUGAUGAUUGAUUCUAUAGAAUGUUUUUAUCAUAGGAACAUAGAAUAUAUUAUUCAUAUACCUUUUUUAUUGGGCGAGUGCAAUAUUUAAAUGAUUUUUAUUGAUAUCAACGAAUUACGGCACUUUUUUGUUGGAGCCUUCUAAUGUAAUAAUUCUUUAUCACUGGAUACAAUGAAUGUGGGGUUAUAUAAGGUUGUAAAUCAAAUUUCUUCCCUGUACUAACUCGUAUAUCUGGUAUAUUUUGAUACGUGAAACUAGCUCUAAGUACAGUGACUUCAAUAAGCACUAUUUAUGAAUACAGGGGUAUCUUUGAGGAAUUUUGUAACAGGCGUCGUCACAAUUCAAACUUGCUGUCAUUGGACUGUGGUGUGAUUCACUGGGGCACGGUACUUGCCUAUUAUUAUUGUAAUAUGGUUCUAAUUACAUACACGAGAUAGCAAUACUUUGUGUUAGUUAACUGUUGCACUGUAGUACACACUGGUAUUGUCACUGCAGGUCAGUAUUAUAUACUGAAGCUUGGUUAGAUUACCUGGGGUGUGAUAUUGCAGGUGUAUAAUAUAUUAUUACAGAAUGGUUCUUGUAUAAUCAUCAUUGGAGUGUGGUAUGCUACACUAAGAACCAGUGGUUGAGGUGUAUGCUAUAUUAGUGUUCUACUCUUGUUAUCAUUGGAGUGUGGUAUGCUACACUAAGAACCAGUGGUUAAGGUGUAUGCUGUAUUAGUUUUCUACUCUUGUCAUCAUUGGAGUGUGGUAUGCUACACUAAGAACCAGAGGUUGAGGUGUAUGCUAUAUUAGUGUUCUACUCUUGUUAUCAUUGGAGCGUGGUAUGCUACACUAAGAACCAGUGGUUUAGGUGUAUGUUAUAUUAGUUUUCUAGGCUUGUUAUCAUUGGA